GAAGAAGCACCCGUCACAGCUGUAACCAUAACCUGCUGAUGAUGGAAGAAAAAUGAUAAUUUCGUACUGUUGAACCGUUGAUCGAUCAUCAAUGCUUCGGUUAUUUAGCCGGAAGAAUGAGUCUUCAUAAAUAAAAAAAUAAUAUAUCAGUGUCGAAAGAAGAGAUAUAGACGUAUAACGAGUGGGGCGUUUCUCGGAAUUCCAAACGCGAAGGAGCCGUCACCUUCAACAACAAUAACAACGAUGCUGGAGCGCGUUGAAAUUGGUUGGAAAUUAGGACGAUUAUAUGAUUCCUCAUGACACAGGGCACGAGGAGACAGUUAUGCGAAUAGCCAAUAUUCUGGAUAGUUUAAAAGUAGCGUCGGAUGGUAUUUUCCAAUCUAUAGAUGAGAGACUAUCCGGAUACGGGGAGCGGCUGUCAACGGUCAGAGGUAAGGCUACUAAGCUCCAAGACAAACUCGACUAUCUGCGCACAAGUCUAAGCCUUAAAGCCACAAAAAUGUAUUCUGAAGCAAAAUAUCCAGCCAUAUCAACAUACAGAGAGUACGAAACGGUGAUAAAGGUUCCUCGGGCUACUAGGAAAGUGGAAACGAGCGAAGGGCAGAGCGCGUCGCUUUCUUCUUCUUCACCUCCGAUUCGACAAGACCAUAUAACGAAUCAGAGGGAAAAAGAGGAUUGGCUGGGAGAAGCGAAUCUCGAGGAGAAACUUCAGUUUUAUUACGUCAUGGGAAAAGUUUGGAAGCAGAAGGAAAGCGUCGGUGAGAAACCAUUGCGCCAAGUGUCUUCGGUGAGCGCGCUUUUAUCGACGGACGAAGGAACGACCGAGAGGCCGUCACAAAUGUCAGGCGCGACGAUUGCGUCCCAGCGGUUGGAGGAUGCCGCGCCGGAUUCUAUAGUUCAGCCUUGGAAUUGGGUGGAUUUCGAGUCCCCGUCUUACUUGUACGCCCCGAGCCUCGGUCAGGUUCCGCAGAUCGACGUCCCACCGACUCUACCUGAUUUGCCGGGAAUCGUCGAGGACGAAAGAUUUUCUCUCGACCUGAGUUUUCAGAGUCCGAUCGCUCCGUCUUCCGCAGUUUCUACACCGAUUCGCGUCGAGUUGCCGGACACGAACGAACCGAAAACGACGAUCGCGAGCCUCGCUCAAAGUACUCCGAGGUUACCCGACGUCACGGACGACUCGAGAGCCAGCACGGGUCCGGCUCCGCCGCCUCCGCCGCCCCCGUCCGCGACGAGCCUCGCCAACAACGGGCAAUCGCAAAACAUUCAAACUCAUCCCAUGCCCGCUUCGACUCCGAGCGGCCACACGCCGCCCCCGCCUCCUCCUCCGCCUCCACCGCCGCCGCCGCCGCCGCCACCGCCAUCGGGAACUGGCAAAUCUCCGGACGAGGGAGAACAUUCGACGAAACCGGGAGAAGUAGACAAGCAAGUCGAACGGAAGAAACCUCCCGCGGCUCCCGUUGACGAUCGAACGAAUCUAAUGGCCGCCAUCCGAGCAGCCGGCGGAGUCGGCAAGGCUAAAUUACGGAACAUCACGGCUUCCGAAAGUGUCCCUUCCUCCGCCGCCGUAGGUGGCGAUCUCAUGGACGAUCUACGCGCCAAACUUGCCCUCCGAAGAAAAGGCAUAGCCGGUGGUGGGGGUGCAAGCUCGAUGCCCCCUGCUAUGGAAAGAAUAUCGCGGUUGAUACCACCACCGAAAAUCAACGAAGCCUCAGCUUCCGAUCGAAAUUCCGCUACGAGCGAGUACGACUCGCAACCGGAAGCCGAUUGGGAAUGAAACUAAAGUGGGGAAACUCGUUCGAAUGAACGAACGCUGAAAAUUAAAUCCAUAGAUUCUAUUACAAAAGAUAUCGAAAUUCAAGCGUUUUCGAUUUUAUAUCGUAUAUUUGAUGUUAAUGUCAAAGGGGGCAAUGCGACAUUCGCAGAUCAAAAUAUAUGCACUCAAUUUUAUGAGAAA